AUGGCAGUGACUACCUGUACACGUUUUACAGACGAUUUCCAACUAUAUGAAGAACUCGGAAAGGGAGCGUUUUCAGUGGUGCGCCGCUGUGUCAAACUUUGCACCGGCCAGGAAUAUGCUGCCAAAAUCAUCAAUACCAAAAAGCUCUCAGCCAGAGAUCACCAGAAGCUGGAGAGGGAAGCCAGGAUCUGCAGAUUGCUCAAACACUCCAAUAUCGUUCGUCUCCAUGACAGCAUAUCAGAGGAGGGCUUUCACUACCUUCUGUUUGACUUGGUGACAGGUGGAGAGCUGUUUGAGGACAUCGUGGCCAGAGAGUACUACAGUGAAGCAGAUGCCAGUCACUGCAUCCAGCAGAUCCUGGAGGCUGUGUUACACUGUCACCAGUCGGGCGUGGUACACAGAGAUCUAAAGCCAGAGAACCUCCUGCUGGCCAGUAAAUGUAAGAAUGCUGCAGUGAAGCUGGCUGACUUUGGAUUGGCCAUCGAGGUGCAGGGAGACCAACAGGCAUGGUUCGGUUUUGCAGGUACCCCAGGCUACCUAUCUCCAGAGGUACUGAGGAAGGAGGCUUAUGGUAAACCUGUAGACAUCUGGGCUUGUGGUGUGAUCUUGUACAUCCUGCUAGUGGGGUAUCCUCCAUUUUGGGAUGAGGACCAACACAAACUCUAUCAGCAAAUUAAAGCAGGAGCUUAUGACUUUCCGUCUCCUGAAUGGGACUCAGUGACUCCAGAAGCCAAGAACCUGAUUAACCAGAUGUUGACCAUUAACCCUGCCAAGAGGAUCACUGCCCAGGAGGCCCUCAAACACCCAUGGGUCUCCCAACGCUCCACCGUGGCGUCCAUGAUGCACAGACAGGAGACAGUGGAGUGCCUGAAGAAGUUCAACGCCAGGAGGAAACUCAAGGGAGCCGUCCUGACUGCUAUGCUGGUGACGAGGAAUUUCUCUGUCGGUAGACAGUCUACAUCUCCUGCGUCAAUCACUACUGUUCCUGCAACUGCUGCUGGGAUAGUGGAGCAAGCCAAGAGUCUCCUCAACAAGAAGGCUGACGUCAAGCCUAACAGCACGAGAAACAGCACAGUCACCAGCCCCAAAGGAACCCCCUCUGCUGCACUGGAGCCUCAGACCACUGUUAUCCAUGUGGAUAGGAACAAGGAUUCAUCUGACAGCAACACCACUAUUGAGGAUGAGGAUGUGAAACUGCGAAAACAGGAGAUUAUCAAGAUCACUGAGCAGCUGAUUGAAGCUGUCAACAAUGGAGACUUUGAGGCCUAUGCGAAGAUCUGUGACCCAUGUCUGACGUCAUUUGAGCCAGAGGCCCUGGGGAACCUGGUGGAGGGCAUGGACUUCCACCGGUUCUACUUCGACAACCUCCUGUCUAAGAACAGUAAGCCCAUCCAUACCACCAUCCUCAACCCUCACGUCCACCUGAUUGGUGAAGACGCCGCCUGCAUCGCCUAUAUACGCCUCACGCAAUUCGUCGACGGCACUGGCCGCCCAUGCUCCAGCCAAUCAGAGGAGACGAGGGUGUGGCAUCGCCGAGAGAGCAAGUGGCAGAAUGUUCACUUCCACUGCUCUGGAGCACCGGCCGCACCGCUGCAGCAGUGA